GUUGAAAUGUCGAGGUUGCGUGCUAUCUAAUGACAAAUAGUGGUUAUAAAUAUAUUGCAUAGGAGUAUUAAUAACCAAUGUUUUAAAUUUAAUCUGUCAAAGAGAGGCCUUACAGUAGAUUCAAAUACUCGAAUUUAAAAAUUCCUCCAUUAGCAUUCUACCACACAAUCCUCAUGUGAAUGCAUUGUCUACAAUGAGCGCUAUCAAUGAAGUCUAUUGGAGGUGGAGCCUGGUAUCCUACACAAUACCACUAUACAGUUAUGCUGCACUUUUACCUAGACAGUAGACGACUAUUAAUUCGAUUGGCAUAACCGAAAUUGGUGAUUACGUUUACGAUUAUGUGCAGACUAAUAACGGAAGCGGAAACGAGUUGUAAUGGUGGUCGCUUCAAACUCAAGCAGCCGAUUGUUGUAGAUUCCAAUUAAUUGGCGCUGUCGACUGGUUGAAAAGCCAUUAAAUUGCAAAACAAUAUUAUCAAUAAUACGAAUAGUAAGAUGGCUAGUUAAAUAUUUUCUGAUAAGAUCGUGUUUUUGAAUUUAGUGUGUACAGACGGGAAAAGUAAUAACUGAAACUUACAGAACACAAACACAGCUGCUUUUUAUGCAAAUCAAAACCAAACAAGUACCGUAGGCCUAUAUAGGCUCAUUCGUAUUACAGUUCAGUAUCAGAUUUAGCAGUAAUCUUUAGUACAAAUACAAUAAUGUCAUCAGUUUAUUUAAAUUCGAGAACUAUAAUGUCCUUGGCAUGUCUUCAGGACGUCAAGAAAGUCUACAAGAAGAACAUGACAGCCUCAACAGCUCCCCCUGUAGACCCUGCAUUCCGUGUGGUAUCAAAAACUGCCUCAGCAUUUCUCAUCUGGAGAAUCGAGAAUCUGAAAGUUGUACCAGUACCAAAGGAUCAGUAUGGGUUCUUCUACGAAGGAGACUCUUACAUUAUCUAUGCUGCUUCUGAAUAUGGAAAAUACAUUGGACCUGGCAUGAAAAGCCAGGAGGUCAAGGGUCGGCUAGAGAUGCACAUUCACUUCUGGUUGGGGUCAGCCACCAGUCAGGACGAAAGCGCUAUAGCAGCCUACAAGAGUGUGGAGCUGGACGACUACCUCAGUGGCAGCCCAGUGCAGCAUCGGGAGGUCCAGGGGAGAGAGUCAGCUCGGUUCCUCGCCUAUUUCAAGAAUGGCAUCAGGUGAGUACCACUUUUUAUUG